AUGGAUCCCGGAUCAGUGCUUGAUCAAUAUACUAGUGCCCUAAGCAACUUACCAACAGAACUCACGUUUCUAUUGAACGAACUACGAGAAAAAGAUCUCCAGUUUUACGAGUAUCGUAAGAAAUUACAACAAUACGAUGGCCAAAUCCACAAAUUUAUUAAACAGAACGGCUCUCUCGCAAAUAACCCCAAAGAAUCCCAACUAUAUCCCAAGAUAAGAGCAUUAUUUGAUGAAUGUGAGAAAGUCCAACAAGAAAAGGUCAAACUUGCCAAUACCACGUUGUUCUUGGUGAUGAAACAUUUGACGUCGCUUGAAGUCGACAUCAAGAGUUUAGAAAAGGAUGGGUUGUUCCAACUUAUUGAUGAGGAGAAUAUGGGGUUCCCAACCGAUACCGAUUAUCUAGAUGAUGCCACCUCAAUAAUGACCAAUGAUACCAAGGGGGGAAGCGUUAUGGUGAAUGGUGGCCAAAAUAAUACUACACAUAAGAGAACCCAAUCAAGGAAAUCCACCACCACUAGACAUUCAAUGACCUCUGCAGUGGCAGCCGUACGAUCCAAUAAACGUCAGAAAACUGAUAGUAUGACUCCGGGAGCGUUAUCAUCUGGCGGAGCUGGUGGUGAUAAGCGGCAAGGUGGUGAUAAUUUGUAUCAUAAGGUAAAGACCGAGAAUGAUCUGAUUAGUGAAAUGAAUUAUCUUGCCAGUGCGAGAUCCCCACUGGCCGCUGGUCAUAAGAGGGAUAAUAAUGAUGAUACUGGCGUUGGAGAAAGCGUUACUAAUACCCCGACCAAGAAUGGUGAUGGGGAAGAUCAAACAUUGUAUUGUUUCUGUCGCCAAGUUUCUUUUGGUGAAAUGAUUGCCUGUGAUAAUAAUAAGUGUCGUUAUGAAUGGUUCCAUUACAAGUGUGUUGGUUUAACGGCAGAACCUACUGGAAAAUGGUAUUGUCCUGAUUGUGCAAAGAAAAUGGAAAAGAAAAAGAAGAAGAAGAAUUGA